AUGGAGAAGGAAGGAGGGCUGCCCGAAGCGGGGGUUGUUAAUCAGCCACUACCUUCGAAGAAGGAGAUGGAGGAAGCUUUGAAAAGGAGUGCCCUGGCCAUUUUGGAUCCUAAGGAAACUGUUCAAACAGAAUCCUAUGAAGGACCCAUCGGGGUUUCUUUGGAAGAAGCGGUGGCGGAAAAGCAGCCUGAAAUGGCUGAGGAAAAGAAGAAGGAGAAGAUCAAGGAGAUGAACGCUGAAGGAGAUAAGGAAGCCCAUCCAAUCAAGAAGAAAGAAAGAAGAACGAGUGAGAAGAGGGAACGCAGGCGGGAGGAGAUGCGCCUGAAGAAGAAAGAAGAGAAGAGAAAGAGGGUUGAGAGCCCAGAAGUCGACGGAGAAUUAACCACCACAAGGGUGGAUGAGGGGGUGUCAGUGCAACCUAAAGAGGAAACAACGCAAAUAAGAACGAUUGCGACUGAUGAUGGAGAAGAUUUAGACAUCACCCCCUUAUAUGGCGUCGCAAGGAAAAUGCACCGUAAGGGUCAAUAG